AUGGACAUACCAGCAGUCUCAUCAGAAGUGCUGGUAAACGCUUUCACUCAAGGGCUCGUAGAGGGUGAGUUCUUCCGAUCCCUCAUCCGCAGACCCCCGAAAGAUUUCGCUCAUCUCCAAAGGAAGGCCACGGAGUACAUCAACGUGGAAGAAGCACAAGCGACCCGAAGGAAAGAGGCGCCUGCCGAGCCUCAACUAGCGGCCGAUCGGAGGAGACCAAGCAACCACCAGCCUCCGACCGUUCCCAGGACCGCGGGGUCGCAAUCGUAUCCCGAGCAGAGAAUGCAUGCAGUCCAUAUGGAGGUCGCCCAACUCAAGAAGGGCAAAAAGUGGACCCCGAUGUUCUGUAAGUUCCAUCAAUCAGGGACGCACAACACGUGGGAGUGCCGAGGCGACCCUAAUGUGCAUCGGCCCGCGCCAAAGGAGUAUAGACGUCGGUCGCCUACGCCGGAUCGGCAGCCCGAGCGCCGAAUCGACCGAAAAACUGAGGGUCGAAGGGCUCACGAGCCACGGGAGCAUCAUCCCCGAGAAAGAAACCCUACUCACGCCUCAGCCGAUCAGAACAGACAUUCAGUGCGAGAAGAGGAGAACAGAAGGAACACUUCCCGUGGAGAAAUUGGGAUGAUCUCAGGUGGCCCGACCUGGGGAGAUUCCAACCGAGCCCGGAAGGGCCACGCGAGGCAGCUGACCAUAUACGUGGUAGGGUACAGCAAGGAGAAGGCAGAGGGGCCCGAGAUCAAUUUUGGCUCUAAGGACUUGGAGGGGAUCGAGAUCCCUCAUGAUGACGCACUGAUCAUCAAGACGGUGAUCGUAAAUUAUACCAUUCGCCAGACUUUCAUCGGCACAGGAAGCUCGGUAAAUAUUAUUUUCAAACAAGCAUUUGAUUUAUUGCAGAUUGAUCGGGCUGAACUCCUACCCAUGGCAACACCGCUGUACGGCUUCACCGGCAAUGAAGUCUCGCCAAUCUGGCAGACGAGGUUGGUCGUCUCGCUUGGAGAGGAGCCCCUGAUUAGGACGCGCACCACGAAUUUCAUCGUGGUAGAUGCGCCCUCACCGUACAACGUGAUAUUGGGCUGA